CCACCUCACCUCCUCCCCCUCCGCCGUCCAACGCUACCUCUCCUACAACUAGUCCGUCGACCAAUGCCACAGCUCCUACCAGCUCUUCUCCCACGACCAACUCCACCGUGUCUCCUCCUCCUCCGUCUACCAACUCCACUACAACGACAGCUCCGGCCGCGUCGCCGCCACCUCCGGCUUCGUCUAGUUCGGUGCCUUCCCUGCCGACGAACACGAACGUCGGGAUUAUAGUCGGAGUUGCCAUAGGAGGGUUUAGUGUGCUGGUUGCAGUCGCCCUCAUCUACUUUUUCUACCGGAGACGGCAGAGAAAGUUAGCCAGAGCUAAUGAGUCAGGCCAACAACCCAAAGAUGACCAAUUAAAGGACCCACCUCAGACUUUGCAACAGAACUGUACUCCUCCAUCAGCAGACAAAGUAGACAUAUUUCCAAUGCCUACUCAUUACUCGGACCUAACUUCAACCGGUAGCGGAUACGGAUCAGAGAAACCUCCCUCAACCUUUGGGUUUUCCGAAAGCACGUUUACAUACGAGGAGUUAGCCAUGGCAACAAAUGGUUUCUCCAAUCAAAAUCUUCUUGGUCAAGGAGGCUUUGGUUAUGUUCAUAAAGGAAUUCUUCCGAAUGGGAAAGUGGUUGCAAUCAAGCAGCUGAAAGUGGGGAGUGGACAGGGGGAGCGUGAAUUCCAGGCAGAGGUUGAAGUCAUUAACCGUGUCCAUCACAGACAUCUUGUUUCACUGGUUGGAUACUGCAUUAGUGGGGCUCAGAGGUUGCUUGUUUAUGAGUUCGUUUCCAACAGCACCUUGGAAUUUCACUUGCAUGGAAAGGGGCGACCAACUAUGGCUUGGCCAAUGAGAAUGAAAAUUGCUCUAGGAUCUGCAAAAGGAUUGGCAUAUCUCCACGAGGACUGUCAUCCCAAGAUCAUACACCGUGACAUCAAAGCUGCCAAUAUUCUCAUUGAUGAAAAUUUUGAGGCGAAGGUUGCAGACUUUGGACUUGCCAAGUUGGCCUUAGAUACAGAUACUCAUGUCUCCACAAGGGUUAUGGGAACUUUUGGAUACUUAGCUCCGGAAUAUGCAUCCAGCGGAAAGCUCAGUGAUAAGUCAGAUGUCUUCUCAUUUGGGGUCGUGCUAUUGGAGUUGAUUACUGGACACCAACCCAUUGACAAAACUCAUUCCUUCACCGAUGAUAGCAUGGUUGAGUGGGCAAGGCCUCUGCUUGCGCAAGCAUUGGAAAAGGGAAAAUUUGAUGGUCUUGUUGAUGCAAGGUUGCAGAAUGAUUAUAACACCAGUGAAAUGGCUUGUAUGAUUGCCUGUGCCGCUGCUUGUGUGCGUCAUUCUGGCCGCCGUCGACCAAAAAUGAGCCAGGUAGUUCGAGCUUUGGAAGGCAAUCUUUCUCCAGAUGAAUUAAAUGAAGGAGUUAUACCAGGUCACAGCAUGAUAUACAGUUCCUCUGAAAGCACACAAUACAGCACUCAGGAAUAUAAGCAAGACAUGAUGAAAUUUAGAAAGUUAGCACUAGAAAGCCAAGAGCUAGAUCAAGGAAUAAGUGAGACCAGUGGGCCAAGCAGUGAUUUUGGCCAGAACCAAUCUGCAUCCAGUGGUGAAGGCCAACAAAGCGGACAAACAACUCAAGAUAUCGAACAAGGGCGAACAAACAAAGACAUUUUUGGUAAAAGCUCUUGAUAGCCGAUUCCUAUGCGAAUCACAGUCGCUGCAGGCAUGCUUACAUGAAAUACACCACUUCUAACUGUACAUUUGGUAGAGUUAAUGUAUCUAUUGUUCAGGUAGGCAGGUGAGCUUUCCUCUGAGCUGCUCACUCACUUGUUUGAACCAUUCUAGUGUUUAGUUUCCAUACAGAAGAUUGAUAGGAUCCGUUGGCUACUAUGUUCAUAUCAAAAAGAUAUCAUAUAUUGUAGGCACCUUAAGU